UUUUGGGGAGAUUGAGGGGGAGGGGGGAUUUGCUUUUCGGUGGUUCGUGAUGGGAAUUGACAAAUGAAAAGUGGAGAGAAAAACAAUUGGAGUUUGGGUUAAACGUCAGGCACAGGAAUAUUCGAGGAUCAAGGGUCAUCAGAGGGUAAUGAAUGUUGUAAAUAAAUUUCGUGUAGGUCACAUGUGCAUUCUUCCAGGUUUUUCCCAAUAACAUCUGAAGAUGGCUUGGCUGGAGAGAAGUCCCCAGAUGUACAGCAAGUGGUUGGAUAAGAAGAGCUUUAAAGACAAAAUGAAAAUAGAUAACGCGAAUGCCCGUAAUGACGUGACAUUGAAUGUGAUUAGUGAUGGGCUUUCGAUAAAUUCCAUGGAAUUAGAGGAAUUCCAGAAGAAAGUCCUGGCAUUAAAAACACUUUUGGAUCAUGAUCCUCAUGCUGCUGAUCUCAAGUGGUCAUUGUUCGUCACUGCGUGCAAUACCUAUCGCCACAACACUUGUUUGAAGCCAUUUCCCGCGGCUUAUAUCGAGAACGAAUGCAAAGAUGUUGAGAAAUUGAGAAAAGUUGUGGAUGGAAUCCCACCGCUGGCCCUCGUCUAUGAACGACUGGACGAUUCAAAGCUGUAUGAGAACCACAGGGAAGCUAUUGAAUUGCUCUAUUGGGUGUUAAUAACACUUCGAGAUCCUCAUCUUAAAUCCAUUAAGAAAGAAAAUUACGAGACAAUACUGAGCAGAGUGCCAUCCGAAGUGAUGGUUGCAAGGCCAAAUUUAAUAUUCCAAGUGGCAACUCCAAAUCAAUCGCCCAAGGAGGAUCGCUGGAAAGCAUCGAUAAAAGGUCAUUCCACUUUUUACGCGUACCAUGGAAGUAGAUUGGAGAACUUUCAUUCCAUUAUUCAUUAUGGUAUUCAGCAACACAUGAGCCAGCCUGGACUCUUUGGAGAUGGGAUUUAUCUUUCGAGUGAACUUGGGGUCUGUUUGCGGUUCAGCCCUGUAGGCUAUAGCUGGGGAGGAAGUAUGCUGGGGUGCGAGAUGAGCUGCAUCGCAUUGUGUGAAGUUGUUAAUCAUCCAGACGUGAAAAAAGGAGACAGCAACGGUGCUACCCCUAAGGGAUUUGCAAUGUCCGUCAGGGAUAAAAUUCCAAACAAGUAUUAUUUAGUACAGAAUAAUGAUUUGGUGAGAAUUCGGUAUCUCCUGGUUUACAGUCAAGACUUCAGCACACUCAAAAGGACUGCAAGCACUGGAAUCGUCGGCUGGUUCAAGCAGAACAAAUUUAUGACAUUUGUCCUUGGAUAUGUUGUUUUAUUAGUCUCAGUUGGAUUGAGCCAAAAUAGAAGUCUUGAAAAAUACUACAGAUUUUUCAUUCAAAAAAUCGGUCUCGAAUAACUGAUACAUUUCUCCUUUAGACGAAUUUAUUGUUGGAAAACGUUGGUCGUUUUUAAAGCCUUUUUUAAUGAGUAUCUUUAUUACCCAUGGUUUAUAGCGCAGGAGAAAAUGAUAUCAAUCUUAUAAUGUACAUUUUUACACAAAUAAUCUCUGUAGAUUUAUUAGAAUUUAUAAAAUCGUUAACGAUGUUCAGUAACGCCCGAGGAUUAUCGGAAAAUUCUCUGUGACGAGGUAAUCAUCUUCGAAGACGACGAUCAAAUUUACUUCGAAUUCUGAAAUGAGAAUUGUGUCAAUUUAUUUUUAUAUUACUAGGAUUCUUAUUGGAAAUUCUAGAUAAAAUUAGGACCGCAUAGAAUUCAAUUUAAAACGUCCUUGAAAGAUAAUUAUCAUUGAGUUUGAGGUAAUUCAAGGCACUUCAAGGACAAAAUCGAUUACUACGUUAUGCCAAAUGGCAUGACCGUUUGUACAAUGUUCCAAAAAUUUUGAUUGGAAGUAUUUAGUCACUGGGUCUUACCAAUUUUGAAAUUACUUGUGCUCAAUGUUGGGCAGGUAAAUAACCUGGGAAAUAUCAUAUGAAUAGGUAUCGGCAGACCAAUGCAAACAUUCCCUUCGCCGAUCUGUAUAUUCUGGAUUUCGGUUGCUGUGAAUAAUAAAAAUGAUGUGAUGUUUUUCAAUAAAAGAAGAUAUAAAAUAUU